AUGCUUUCUCUAGUGCUCAGCGAGGGCUUUUCAAACACAAGAAGCUUAGUGAGAAAACACGAUGGCGAUAUUUUUGGUACAGGCUGCCUAACGUUGGUGUUUUCUUCCUCAGCAGAAUUCUGCCGCAUUGACAAGCCCUUGUGCCACGAUGAAGACGAGCAGCUCAGCUUCGAAGCCGUCCGCAACAUCCACAAGCAGAUGGAUGAUGAUGCCAAUGGCAACGUGGACGUAGAGGAGAGCGACGAGUUCUUGAGGGAGGACUUGAAUUAUCAUGACCCAACAGUCAAGCACAGCACCUUCCAUGGAGAAGACAAGCUCAUUAGCGUGGAAGACCUCUGGAAGGCCUGGAAGACAUCUGAAGUGUAUAAUUGGACAGUUGACGAGGUGGUUCAGUGGCUCAUUACCUACGUAGAGCUGCCACAGUACGAAGAGACCUUCAGAAAGUUGCAGCUGAGUGGACAUGCCAUGCCCAGGCUAGCAGUGAACAACGCUACCAUGAUGGGAAGUGUUCUGAAAAUGACAGAUCGAAGCCACAGGCAGAAGCUGCAGCUGAAAGCUCUGGACACGGUGCUGUUUGGGCCUCCUCUCUUAACUCGUCACAACCACCUGAAGGACUUCAUGCUGGUGGUGUCCAUCGUCAUCGGCGUGGGUGGCUGCUGGUUUGCCUACAUCCAGAAUCGCUAUUCAAAGGAGCACAUGAAGAAGAUGAUGAAAGACCUCGAGGGACUCCACAGAGCUGAACAGUCUCUCCAUGACCUUCAAGAAAGACUGCAGAAGGCUCAGGAGGAGCAUCGCUCUGUGGAGGUGGAAAAGGUGCACCUGGAGAAGAAACUUCAAGAUGAGAUCAGCAUUGCCAAGCAGGAGGCACACCGGCUCCGAGAACUGCGGGAGGGCACGGAGAAUGAACUGAGCAGGCAGAAAUACGCUGAGCAAGAACUGGAGCAGGUGCGGAUGGCGCUCAAGAACGCCGAGAAGGAGCUGGAGUCCCACUGCAGCUGGGCUGCGCCCGAGGCCCUGCAGAAGUGGCUCCAGCUGACCCACGAGGUGGAGGUCCAGUACUACAACAUCAAGAAACAGAAUGCGGAGAAGCAGCUGCUGGUGGCCAAGGAAGGGGCUGAAAAAAUUAAAAAGAAGCGAAACACCCUGUUUGGAACAUUUCAUGUUGCUCACAGCUCAUCUCUAGAUGAUGUUGAUCAUAAAAUCUUAACUGCAAAGCAAGCGCUGAGCGAAGUGACGGCUGCGCUGCGGGAGCGCCUGCAUCGCUGGCAGCAGAUAGAGCUGCUCUGUGGCUUCCAGAUCGUCAACAACCCGGGCAUCCACACCCUGGCAUCAGCCCUUAACGUUGACCCCAGCUGGAUGGGCACCCAGCGGCCUAACCCCUCGCACUUCAUCAUGACUGAUGACGUGGACGAUUUGGACGAAGAGAUCGUGUCUCCCAUGUCCAUGCAAUCUCCUGCCUUGCCCAGCACAGUUCGCCAGCGCCUGGUGGACCCACAGCAUGCCCACGGAUCUCAGAGGUUGGUAGAGAGUUAUGUGCAAGGCCAGAAUGACUCGGGCCAACCUGCCCAGUACCGGGCAGGCAGAGUGUCUCUCCGUCGAAUGCACAGCCUCUCCUCUGGACAGUCUUUCAGUUCCGACCUUCCCGGCACCAGCCCACCAUCUGCUGCCACCACCACCUCUUCCACCUCUUGCUCCUCAUCCACCACCACUGCAUCUGCUCCUGCUUGCCAUGUCCACCCUAUCUAUUACCAUCACACCACCUCCUCUUAUUUCCUUCAGAUGGACUCCAUCCCUGAUCUACCCCCUCCUGAUGUCACCUCUGGAGUUCGCUGUCGCACUGAGAGCUUUGGAGACUUAACUCGCUGCGACUCCGACUCCUCCAUCCCGCACCUGAGCGACCACCAGCGUAUCCCCAGCUCUGCGCCCAAGCUGCUGGCUGCCCGGCCCAACCUGCUGACCAGGUCCAUCGAGGAGGCUGCCCCCGGCCACCCUGCCAUCGGCGCACCCACGCCCAACGGCGGCAGCAGGCACACGGAAGCCUCCGCCCUGGGGUCUUUGCCGGAGCGGCUGCCCGAGAGCCCCAUGGUGAUGAAGAAGAUGAUGAUGGUGAACCACGGCAUGGAGAAGUCCUCCAGCCUGGGGGAGAUCAGCCACCCGACAGCCGGCAAGCACAGCCACUCGGAUUCCUCCCGGUCCCACAGCCCCAGCUCCACCGACCCCGACACCCCCUCCCCCAUCUCUGACUGCCGGCCCAGCAGCGCCAAGAGCACCCGCAUCCCGCAGCUGGCUGCCAAGAAGAGCCCGGGGGACGAGGACAGCAGCUUGACAGGCGAUGAGGUUGACCUCGGCCAGAGCAAGAAAAAGUUCCCCCUAAAGAUCUUCAAGAAGCCCAAGAAGUAGAGAGAGGAGGGGGGGAAGAGGAAACCCACCCAGGAGCGCGACCCGCUGAGACCGGGGGGCAGCCGUGCAUCGGGAACGCAGCGCACCCACCCGUCCCGGACCCCGCGGGCGCGGGUGCCGGCCAGCCCCCGCGGCCGCCCCCCCCGCG